AUGAAGCAGCCCAGCGUUUUCAGUACUUCCUUCCUUUUAUUUGAAAGGAAUGAAGGAUCGUCUAAGAGGGUUCUCAAUACAACAACGGUGAAUCAGGCCCUGGGAUUACCUGGGAUGUUUUCAACAUUCACGGAUUCUGAAUUUUUGAAUUUAAGAGUUAUUGCCAUAGUGGCAUCCUUUCUUUCAAUGUUUGUCGGUGUAAUAUCAAUUUUUUUAUUACACAACGUCGAUAGAAGAAAAAGACUUUUCAGACAUGAUUUAAUCAUGUUUUUGAUCAUUUGUGAUUUUUUGAAAGCUAUGAUCUUGGCCAUCUACCCAAUAGUCAUUCUAGCUAAUAUUAGUGCUUAUGCUAAUCCAGUUUUCUAUAACACCCUAGGAUGGUUCACUGCAUAUGCUAUUGAAGGGGCAGAUAUUGCCAUCAUGUUUUUUGACCUGCAUUUUGCUUUAUUAAUAUUCAAACCAAAUUGGAAGUGGCGUAAUAACAAAACACAAAAUAUGGAAGGUGGUCUUUUCAAGUAUAGAAACGUCAUCUGGCCUGUAACUAUACUUUUUCCCUCUAUAAUGGCAAGUUUAACAUUUAUCAACUUCAACGUCAUCAAUAGAGAAAAAUUUCACACUAAUGUAAACGUCGUACUAGAUAAUAACCAUUUCAAUUUCAAAGAUGAACCAAGAGAAGGUGGUUUUAAACCAUUAAGUGCAUGGAGUUAUCUUCCAGCAACACCGAUGUACUACAAAUAUUUUUUAAGUUGGGGACCAAGGUACGUUCUAAUUGCAUCAAUUUUCACAAUCUACAUUUCCAUUUACAUUUACGUUCACAGAGAGAGUAAAAAAAUUAAAGAACAAUUAACCGAAUUCAAUAUUCCAGAAAAAGAAGCAUCCCUACCACCAUUGCAUUAUAUGCCUGAUCAACCUUUUGCAUACAACUUCAAAAUUUUUUUCCAAAGAUUUGUAGCUGCUCCAAUGAGAAAAGUUUCGAGAAGUAUUAGAAACUUUUUCUUAUUAUCAUUAGAAGUGGAUUCAGAUGAUUCUCUUCUAACAUCAACAAAAUCAUACCCAAUAAGUAACUUAAGCUCGCCUGACAGUAUGACAUUUAGAACCAACGAUACGUUUGAAAAAUCUGACCCGAACAAUUUUCAUACUAAUCAUAGAAGAUUGAGUUACCAUGAUAAUAAUCUCGCUAAAUCCAUAGAUGAUGAUAUCCUUGCAUCCCCCAAUGAUAAAAGGGUCUUUGUGCCUCAACAUAAGACAAAUGGCAUGGCAAGUUCUAUAGAAAAUAGUGAGGCUGAAUCAGAUAAGCUGGUUGAAGUCAGAAAAGAGUUUCAAAGACAAAUAUAUUUCAAAAUGAAGGAAAGAAGAAGACAAAUUCAAAAAAAUUUAAGAGCAAUUUUUAUUUAUCCUUGUUCAUAUAUUGCAAUUUGGUUAUUUCCAAUAUUAGCAGAUAUUUCACAAUCACACCAUGAAAUAAUUCAUGGCCCAAUUGUAUGGCUAUCUUAUUUGGACACUUUCAUACGACCUUUGAGCUGUAUGAUCCAUUGCAUAGUCUUCAUUUUAAGGGAAAGACCAUGGAAUUUGGCAUGGAGUGCUGUUGAACGUGAUCGUUUAAUUGAAAAAUAUAUUCUAAAAGGAAAAAUCGAUGAAGAUGAAAUGAUUGAACUUUUGAAUGGUGAACACGGUAAGAAAGGUUGGUUUUAUCGUACUAAAUGGGAUGCAGCGAUAUCUUGGAAAUAUGAGAGAAAUUUUUUUAAGAGAUCCUUGUGGUAUCUUGGCAGAUUUUUAAGAAAUAUUUUCUCUUUCAAGUGGGAUUAUACCAGUCCAUUUGACAAUGAGGAGUUCUGGAACAACAAAUAUUUCACAAAGGAUAACCGUAUCACUAGCCUAUCAACAUUAAGUCCAUUUGUAAAUACAGACAAAGGCAUAACUACCCUUCACAGUUUGCGCUCCUUGGAUUCUACUUGUUCAAGCAAUCAAAAAGCUAUACUCAAUGCUAAUAACUGGGGACCCAAAGUACCUUUGAGAUGGCGUUUGAUUCAUAUGAUGCCGAUGCUACAUGGUAUUGAUCUCGAUGGAGUGAACAAAAUAUUGAAAGAAAGAUAUGAUGAUGAUGUGUUUGUUAUACCUGGUUUAGAUGUGGCUUUGAACAGAGACGCAAGAUCACAAGCAACCGGCAAACAACAAGAACAUAAUUUCAAGAACAACCUGAAAAUAGAAGUACAAAAUAUGAAAGAUUAUAGUACUUUUCACAAGGGUUCCCAGGAAGACAUUGAAAUGACAGACCUGGGUAAUAGCCAGGGUACACCUGACAAUUUCAACAACUUUCGUAACACUGGAAAUAGAGAAGAUAUUGAAACGGGAGAAAAAGAAGAAGAAGAAGAAGAAGGUGAAAUAGAUUUAUUAGCAUUCCUAAACGGACCAUAA